CUCCACAUAUUCAUACAAAUGGAUGGGAGAUGUGAUGCAUCUGAGACUCUGAGGAAUAAAUGUGCUGCUUGCUAUAAGCAAUACAAUAAAGUGGAGCACCUGGUUGAGCACAUCAGAGUUUCAUAUCAUUCUGUUCAUGAGCCCACCUGUGGGAUUUGCAAGAAGCACUGCAGAUCAUUUGAGUCCCUGAGAGAACAUCUCAUAGGUCCAUUGCCAAAAGUUGAAUGUGCAAGGAUCUUCAGCACUAGGGGAUGCAGCUUGUGCUUGAACAUCUUUGAUUGCUCAAAUUCUCUUAGGAGGCACAGAGACACAUGCCAACUCUCCUCUCCACUUCUCUAUGGCUCAAUUUCUCGACUAUCAUUGUCAAACAUGUAUGUUGAGGGUAACUUAGCAUCAAAAAAUGGACGAAAUGGAAGCCAAGCUGUGGGCCUAGCCUGCCAAGUUGUUGGUGGUGGCAUUGAUGGAUCACUUAACAUUUGUGCAAGGGUUUGCCUUGUUGAUGAGGAUGAAAAUGUUAUUUUUCAUUCCUAUGUUAAGCCACAUAUACCUGUAACCAACUAUAGGUAUGAAAUGACUGGCAUAAGAGCUGAGCAUCUAAGGGAUGCAUUACCAUUGAAGCAAGUCCAAAAGAAGAUCCAAGACAUCUUAUACAAUGGGGAAGUUUUAUGGAGGAUACGAUCCAAAGGAGGAAAAGCAAUGGUUCUUGUGGGUCAUGGUUUGGAUCAGGAUCUAGAAUGUUUGUUGAUGGAUUAUCCUUCACAUUUGAUUAGGGACACAGCCAAGUACCCUCCCUUGAUGAAAACAAGCAAGCUUAGCAACUCACUCAAGUACCUCACUCAAGCCUAUCUAGGGUACGAUAUUCAAAGUGGCAUACAUGACCCUUACGAGGACAGUGUGGGUGCAAUGAGGCUCUACAAGAGGAUGCAUUCUCAACUUCACCCCACAGAGGAUCCUCUACCUCCAAAUGCCACUAUAAACUCUACCAAUUUGCCCUCAUGGAGGCUCAAGGAAUUUGAGAGGAUGACACCGGAUGCAUUGUUGGAUAUUUCUAGGUCGGAUUACUAUUGCUGGUGCUUGGACUCAAAACAAGCACUAGAUUAUUGAGAUGUGUGCAUGAGAUCCUUCCAAAUUUAAUGUUUAAUCCCAUUGUAUUAGUCAAG